GAAAAAAGAUCCACUUGUUCCUUUUGCAAAUCCGCCACUCUCUCUCUCUCUCUCUCUCAUACGGAUGAUCUGCACAUUGGCAAACCAUUUCUAAAUCUUCUCUCUCUCCCUCUCUUUCUCUCUCUUCCUUUUCUCUUUGAAGAAGAAUGGACACUGGUCUCUCCGAAGAUCUCUCGGAUUCAACUCAGCUCCAUGACUCGGACACCGAACAGCGACUCUACUUCGUUCCGUACAGGUGGUGGAAGGAUGCGCAAGAUUCGGUAUUGGGAGAUUCCAAGGGAAACGCCUCGCCGGCUUCUCUAUACGCUGGUCCGAUGAAGAUCAUCAACAACAUUUUCAACUCGGAUCUUGCAUUCAAUCUCAGGAGAGAAGAGGAUUGUGCGGGGAAUAGUGAGAAUGGUGAAGUUGGCAUCUCGGGGAGAGACUUUGCGUUGGUUUCUGGAGAAAUGUGGGUUGAGGCACUCAAAUGGCAUAGCGAUUCAAAAUCGUCAACGAAGGAAGGUAGAAGUUUUUCAGCUGCAGAAGAUGACAUGGCAGAUGUCUAUCCUUUACAACUCAGGCUGUUGGUUUUGCGAGAUACAAAUUCUUUGGGAGUGAGGAUUAGCAAAAAGGAUAAUGCAGUUGAGUUCUAUAAGAGAGCCUGCAAAAUCUUCGGUGUGGAGUUGGAACUGUUACGCAUCUGGGACUUCUCUGGUCAGACAAAUCUAUUUUUGCUAAAUGAUAAAAUUAAAUUUCCAAGAGCUUGUCAACGACAGUCCGAUGAGAUUCUGUUGGACUUGCAAGUUUAUGGGCUAUCAGACUCAAUUAAGUGCAGGGAUGGGAAAAAAGAUGACAUAGUAGCACAACAUCCAUCCGUGGCAAAUUCCUCUUCAGUGAUGAUGAACGGUAGUGCUGGCAAUGCAAGUUCAAACUUCCUUCGUCCAACUUCAUCAUUUUGGGGAAGCUCUUGUGAAGCGGGGACUUUGGGAUUGACAGGAUUAACAAACCUUGGAAAUACUUGUUUCAUGAACAGUGCAGUUCAGUGCUUAGCUCAUACACCGAAGCUUGUUGACUAUUUUCUUGGAGAUUAUGGUCAAGAAAUAAAUCAUGAAAAUCCACUGGGCAUGGAUGGUGAGAUUGCUUUGGCAUUUGGAGAUCUGCUAAGGAAAUUAUGGGCUCCUGGAGCAACUCCGGUAGCUCCAAGAGUAUUCAAAUCAAAACUUGCUCGAUUUGCUCCUCAAUUUAGUGGCUUCAAUCAGCAUGAUUCUCAAGAGCUCCUGGCAUUUUUGUUGGAUGGACUCCAUGAAGAUCUCAACCGUGUAAAAUACAAACCUUACAUGGAAGUUAAAGAUGGAGAUGGUAGACCUGAUGAAGAAGUUGCUGAUGAAUAUUGGAGGAAUCAUUUAGCUCGCAAUGACUCUAUCAUUGUUGAUGUGUGCCAAGGUCAAUACAAAUCAACAUUAGUUUGCCCUAUCUGCAAAAAGAUCUCUAUUACUUUUGAUCCAUUCAUGUACUUAUCACUUCCUUUACCUUCAACAACAAUGCGGACAAUGACUUUAACAGUUGUGCAUACUGAUGGAAGUUGUCAACCAUCACCGUAUACCAUUACUGUGCCUAAGAAUGGGAAAUUUCAAGAUCUUAUUGCGGCUUUAAGCAUUGCUUGCUCUUUGGAGAGUGGUGAGACCUUACUAGUAGUUGAGAUAUACAACAAUCGCAUUAUACGUUAUCUUGAGGAGCCAACUGAUUCACUAUCAUUGAUUAGAGAUGAGGACCGGCUUGUUGCCUAUCGGUUAAUGAAAGAUAUUGAGCAAGUUCCUUUGGUUGUCUUCAUGCAUCAGCGAAUAGAGGAGCAGUACAUACAUGGGAAGCUGAUGUCAAGUUGGAAAGCAUUUGGAAUUCCUCUUGUAGCAAGGCUUUGUGAUUCCCUUUCUGGUUCUGAUAUCCAGAAUUUGUAUUUGAGAUUGCUCAAUCCAUUUCAAGUACCUGCUAAAGAAUCUUUGGAAGAUGCAGACAGUCCAGAGGGCAUUGCAUCUGAAGACACUACACAGCAAGAGAAUAUUUUAAAUCCUGAUGUUGAUGGGUCUGUGAACGCCAGUUCUAUUAAUGGGGUUAACUCGCCCACAGAUGCCAAAUUAGAGUUUUACUUAGCAGAUGAGAAGGGAACAAUUAGGGAAUCUAAGAUAGUAAUGAAUGAGUCUGUGGUGGUGACAGGGAUCUCAAGGAGGUUAAAUGUGCUUGUAUGGUGGCCUGAAAAGAAUAUUGAACAGUAUGAUACUCAGCUUCUUAGCUCGUUGCCUGAGGUUUUCAAGUCUGGCCUUUUUGCAAAGAGACCUCAAGAGUCUGUUUCUCUAUAUAAAUGCCUUGAAGCUUUCUUGAAAGAGGAGCCUCUUGGACCAGAAGACAUGUGGUACUGUCCUGUUUGCAAAGAGCAUCGUCAAGCCAGCAAGAAGUUGGACCUCUGGAGACUGCCUGAGGUCUUGGUUAUUCACUUGAAGCGGUUUUCAUAUAGCCGAUUUUUGAAGAACAAGCUAGAGACAUAUGUUGACUUUCCCGUAGACAAUCUUGAUUUGUCGACGUAUAUUGGCCACAAAGAUGGUCAAUUGAGUAACCGUUACAUGCUUUAUGCUGUGAGUAAUCACUACGGAAGCAUGGGAGGUGGUCAUUAUACUGCAUUUGUCCAUCAUGGGGGUGAUCGGUGGUACGACUUUGAUGACAGCCAUGUUAAUCCCAUCAGCCUGGAGAAGAUAAAGUCUUCAGCUGCUUAUGUUCUUUUCUACAGAAGAGUUGUAGAAUCAUAACCGAUAUUUGGAUUUGAUUCAUUCUGCCUGGUAUGUUUGUGACACACCUUUGUGAUCAUUUUUGUUCUAGUUUUACAACUAAAAUUACCAAGAGUAGAAUUCUCUGUCUUUGGCCUCGUUUAAAUCAAAAGCAUCGGAGUUUCCUUCAUGGACAAAGCUGGAGGAAAGGUUAAUACUCAAAGGAGGCGCCAAGGAUCACUUGUAACGAAU